CUGCUGCUCCCCCGCUGCUCGCCGCUCGCCGCUCGCCACUCGCUGCUGCUGCUGCUGCUGCUGCCUGCCCUCAUUACCAAAUGCAGCAGCGACCAUGACAGGCAUCGCCGCUGCUUCUUUCUUUUCCAACGCUUGCAGGUUCGGGGGCUGCGGACUUCACUUCGACUCUCUGGCCGAGCUCAUCGUGCACAUCGAGGACAACCACAUCGACACAGACCCCCGACUUCUGGAGAAGCAGGAGCAGCAGCAGCCGACAUAUGUUGCGCUCAGCUACAUCAACAGGUUCAUGACAGAUGCUGCACGGCGAGAACACGAUGCCCUAAAGAAGAAGGUGCAGCCCAAGUUGUCUCUGUCUCUGACAGGCAAUCUGUCUCGCAGCAGUGUUUCCACACCACCUCGCCACACCAGUGGAAACCUCACCCCUCCUGUCACCCCACCCAUCACCCCUUCCUCUUCCUUCCGCAGCAGCACGCCUACAGGUAGCGAGUGUGAUGAAGAGGAGGUAGACUUUGAGGAGUCUGACAGUGAUGAAUCAUGGACUACAGAGAGCGCCAUCAGCUCUGAGUCCAUCCUCAGUUCCAUGUGCAUGAACGGAGGAGACGAGAAGCCCUUUGCCUGCCCUGUCCCAGGCUGUAAAAAGAGAUACAAGAAUGUGAAUGGGAUCAAGUAUCAUGCCAAGAACGGCCACCGAACCCAGAUAAGGGUGCGCAAACCCUUCAAGUGCCGGUGUGGGAAGAGCUACAAAACAUCUCAGGGUCUCCGCCACCACACCAUUAACUUCCACCCACCCAUCUCUACCGACAUCAUCCGUAAGAUGCAGCAGUAGAGACUGAGCGAGUGACCAGCACCCUCCUUCAGGCCACUUCCCAACCAUCUGAACACCAUCAUCACCAGCAAUGGCUGCCCCCCCCACCCCUUCUCUUUCACUCUCUCUGACCCCACUUUGCUAUGACACUAUUUUUGAUUGCAUGGUAUAAAUGUAUUAUUAUUUAAUCCUUAAUUUUUAUUCAGAAUUUUGAAUCUUUAGGUAGUUCACAGUUUUGUAUUUUGCACAUUUAAGCUAUCAUUUAUCCAGUUGAGUUUAUUGUUUUUGAUAUAUGGUGCUCGCUGAUGAUGAGGGCUUGUAGUAUAGAGAGGGCGCCAGGUUUCAAAGGCUCUGUGAAGUCAGAGGAAACUGAGGAAAGAUUUGGAUGUGUUUGUUGAAGAAGGACGCACCAUUACCUUGCCUCUGUCUCAUAUGAGCCAAAAAAUGUGGCAGAGGCAAAUGACAAAAAUCAAAAUGUGUGUGGUAUCACAUGAGAAAUCCAACUUUUGUACACAUUUGAUUCUUUAUCAGAGUUUUUAAAAAUCAGUUGUUGGAUUUCGUUACUUUCCUUUCAUAUCACAAGUAUUACAAACCUUUUUGCGUGUUUUACUGCAAUCACUUGUGUGAGCACCAAAGGAUGAUCUCAGGUGACAUUUGAAAGCAUUUCAGCACCACAAUCCUGCCCAACUGUUCUGAUAGUAUUUAUGCUGUUCAAGGGGAUCAUGGGAACUCUGUGUGUCCUUGUACCUAAUGUUCCUAAUCACUUUCCUAAAAGACGAAAGCAGUUGUCCUUGCUAUUUUACAGUGAGGAAUUGAAGCACUUUUUGUAACAGGUUGCCAACAAAUUAGCAUUUUUUUUUUUGCUAAUAUCUCGUUUCUGGUGUAUGUACGGUAGCUACCAAGAAAAGGCAAAAAAGCCUUCACAGCAGAAGUGCAAGUCUACAUCGCUCCAAGGGAACGUGUACACCAAACCUCCAGUGUUUGCAGUAUUGUGAGAUUUCUGUAUAUACAGUAGUUGCCUUGAAUUGUAAACCAUUCCAGUCAGUACAAAUCUUCAUAUGGCUUCAUUUUGACAGUACAGACAAACUCAGAUGAACACACGCUGUUCAAUCCAGACUAUUUGCUGUUCACCGACUCCACGCUCUUAUGAAACCAUGUGAUUGUCCUUGUCAUGGAUAGGAGAAAAAGGGGGCCAGCAUUAGCCAUGUAAUCAGCACAUUUACGUUCUCACAGUCCUGCUGUGGGAAACAUAUGUGGCUCCUACUUUGUGCCAUAAUAAAGAAAUGUCAGUCAUCCCUUAAAUAAUGAACCACAUGAUAAGACGCCACGAGAUUGGGGAUUUUUUUCAACAAUGAGCCAUUGGGUAACAUCUUCACUGCAUGGAUGUUCGUGUUAAGGAACUAUUGUGACGGUAUUAUACUGCCAGUAUGGAGAAAAAUCUUUGAUAUAUAUGUGUACAGUGAAUGUAUUGUCAUGUGUUAAGUGCAUUAAAUUAUAUUUUCAUAUGUUUCUGGAGUUAGAAAAAACCCAAUCGUAUAAUGUGUAUGAAAAGGCAAAACCAGAGGUCGUUUGGAGAAACUAAUGGUGAUGUACUGUAUUUCUUCUCAAAAAGCUGCUUCAUGUAAACUUUUGUUACGUUUAGAAUAAAAGAUCCUCUG